GGAGUUACACUUACGUCCACGCUCGUUUAAGAUUUCAACAUUAUUCUAUCAGUUCAGUUUUUAAAAUGUAUCAAAAUGGUGAUAAUUAAACUGGAAAAUUGCCGUAAAGCGACCAAGGUGACGGAAACAUACGCUUUUUGCGUUGAAACGAAUCACCCGAAGAAAUUCUUCAAAUACAGUUGACCGUUACUUAAUAACGUACCGGAAUUGCUUGUGAUCCGGUGUAUCGAAGCGACAAGCCGCUUAGUUGCGAAGACGAGAGAGAGAAAAAAAACUGUUUUUUAACUAUUAAAAUAUUAUGGAAAUGCCGAGCUAUUCGCGUAUUCAGUCGUACGGGAGCUUGUGUUCGGGUAGAAGCGAAGACGAUAUGACAGUUCACAGUCAACUGUACCCCUACCCGAAGAAAAUGGUCGUCGAAAGAGAGAUACUGUACGAAGAAGAGAAUCCGCCUUUUCAGCCGCUGUUCGCCACCACCAGAAUCUUCGGGCAAGCGAGAUUCACUUGUCUAAUAUUGUUCUACGUUCUGUUCUAUGGUACUUAUCUGGUGUCCGGUGCUUUGGUGUUUUCGGCUUUGGAAGCGCCAAUUGAGAAUCAAAUAAGGCUCGACUUGAUCAGAGCCAAACAGGAUUUUCUGGUGCGUCAUCCGGAUGUAUUAGAUGACGAUUUGGAGUCGUUAUUGGACGAGGUCGUCCGCGCCAGCAACCACGGAGUCUCGGCUUCCCGCAACGUCACCGGCGGACCUAACUGGAGCUUCGGCCAGUCCUUGUUCUUUUCAUCUACUGUCGUCACCACUAUUGGUUACGGCCACGUGACCCCGCUCUCACAGCCUGGCAAGUUGUUCUGCAUGAUUUACGCUCUGCUGGGCAUACCGCUGACUCUGGUGCUGCUCUCAGCGCUGGUGGAGCGGUUACUGCUGCCCGCCACCGCCCUCCUGCGCUCACUGAAUGCUGCCCUGGGCCAUUUGUACCGGCCUUUCACGAUUCGUCUUGUGCAUCUUACCAUUAUAGUGACCACAUUCCUCGUAUUCUUCCUGGUCGUACCGGCCGGAAUAUUCGCGUACCUAGAACCGGAAUGGGACUUCCUGGAUUCGUUUUACUACUGCUUCAUAUCGCUGACGACAGUAGGCCUCGGGGACUACAUCCCAGGCGACUCCCCCGGACAACCAUACCGGCCUUUCUACAAAAUCGCUACUAUUUUCUACUUAAUAACCGGGCUGACGUUCUUGAUGCUGACCCUGACUGUGUUCUACGACAUCCCCCAACUGAACUUGAGCAGCGUUUUCUCGUCCAUCAAACUGGACGAGGACCCCGAGAAGAUGCGGCUGAGCGGUUCCGGCGCGAUGGGUCCCGGCUACGGGCUGGGCGGGCUGGUCAUGCGCGACGAGUACUCGCGCCACGAGCAGCGCCGCUCCGUCGUGCACAUCCGCCCGCGCCCCGACGACAGCCCCAGCCCCGACGACACCACGCCCGUGCACGCCCGGGACGUGCGACUCCCCUGAACGCCAUAUCCGUGUACACAUACUUAUUCCCGUAAUGAUUGAUCAAGUACGAAAGAGUUGGAAAUUCUACUUCUUAAUUUAUCAUUCAACUGUAAAGACAAUCCUUACGUUGGUUGCGUAAUUGUACACAUUAUCGAAUUUUUUGAUUGACGGUGCCGGUACUUCCGGUGACGUCAUUUUUAUAUAAUCAAUAAUUCAAGUCAAUGUCAAAUCUUAUGUUCACGUUAAUAUCGCAAUUCGAAAUUAAAGAAGUUUAAAUUUUGAAAUUUUAUAUUAGAAAUUAGUAACGGAUGAAAUACAACAGCAUUUAAAUAGAAGUUGACAGUUGCCGCCAUUUUCGAUAAUUUUUCAGCCAUUUGGAUCACCACAGCAAUAUUAAUAGAAGCGUCGGUGCUAAGUAAUUCUGUAAAGUUUGUGUUUAAAAAUCUUCUGAAUAAUUGUGUUUUAUAAUUUUAAUUUGAUUUUAAGUUUUAUUUAAAACUUAAUUUGUGGCCGAAAUUAAACAUUAAUUAAUGGCCAUUGCAGUUUAAUUAAAAAAAAAAUGAUACUUGAAAUUACUUACUACAAUAGAGAUCGUUCUGAGUGGUGAAUAACCUUUUGUUGACCAUAUUUCAUUUUUUGACCAUGUUAGCAAUAUUAAUUAAGUUAUGUUCUUCUGACUAUUUUUAAUAAAUAAUAUCUAAUUUGUAAUGAAUCAUCUUACUACCAAAAUGUAUAAGCUGGUGGCUAUGUCUGAUGACUGUACUAAAGUAAUAGGUAUAUUUAUAUUCCUGUAUUUUUAAUGUUUUUAACUCGAAUAAACUGGGUUUUUAAAAGACUGAAGAGACUUUUCAGAUUUUCACUUUUCUAAAUUCAUACGUGUUUCUUUUUUUUUUCUUUCAUUAACGCGUAAAUGAAAUCGCGAACAUUAAGCCAUAGUCGCCACAGAUAACAUCUUCAAGCUAUCUGUGACAGACCAUCAUAGAUAUUUAUUACACUUAAUGACAGACUGACUUGUAAUGUCGAAGUAUACGUUUUUUAACUAGUGUUAAAGAAUUAUGUUAUUGCUUUGCCUAUUUAUGCAUAAUUCUAAAUUACUCGUAUAAUUUUAUUUUAAUAUUAGUAUGAACGAGCGAAUUUUACGAAAAGCCCUAGAAAGUUAAUAGAUCAAAUGUUUUAUUAGCAAUUGGGCAAUCAUUGGAUUGUUUGAAAGCUGUCUAUUCAACUGACGACAUACUUUUCAAAUUAUGGUCUGAUGUAAUCGUUUAUUGUGCAUGUCAAGCGAAAAAUGUUAGAUGUUGUUGAAAAAUAUUAUCCGUUUAAAACAAUAUUGUAAAGUAUAGAUAAAUAAUUUUGCUUGACUGACAGAUUAGAAAUUCAUUUAAAAUAGAUUGUGAAUUCCAUUACAUUUCCAAGUUUAGUGCAGGACUUAGUACAUAAAUGUUAGAAUUACGUGUGAUAGAGCACAAUUACCUAUAUCUUCGUGUGAUAAACCAUUUAAGUAGAACUUUUAGAAGUCGAUAUGUAUAUUUAUUAAAAUAUAAUAUAUUGUAUUUGUACCCCUUCGAAGAUAGGCUUAUUUAUAGGUGGUUAAAAUUGCAAUGGUACAAAAAACAACAGAGCUUUGUACAGUAUACCAAGUAGUACCUACAUGCCUCUAAUAACUAAUGCACCCACAAAAUAACUUACAGUUCGACAAGAUUUUUUAUGAAAGUGAGUCUGAGUGGCAAUUGAGAGGGACAUCAAGAUCACAGAUAUAUAAAAAGCAUACCUAUUAUUAUGUAAUAUUUACAAAAUAAUGUAACAAAAACGCUAUCGUAAAAAUCCCACUAGCAAAUGUCAUCGACCAUCAUUAAUUCUGAUUACAAUACAUGUGACAAUAUGUUGCCUCGACUGAAUUGCUACCUUCUCUACGAUUUGGUGAUGUUGAUAUAAAAUAUUAAAACUGUACACUAAAUUAGAUAAUAUCUAGAUAUUGUUUACUGAACAUAACACAGAAACCAGUUCCAAACGGUAACAAAUAAAAAAGUUUUUUUUUUAUUGCUUAGAUGCGUGGACGAGCUCACAGCCCACCUGGUGUUAAGUGGUUACUGGAGCCCAUAGACAUCUACAAUGUAAAUGCGCCACCCACCUUGAGAUAUAAGUUUUAAGGUCUCAGUAUAAGUAUUUUCUUAUGAACAAAGGAUGCAAGACAAAUGACCCCGUGAGUUUUUCUUUGUAACUUAACUGAAUUUGAAAUGUCAUUAGAAAAAAAUCUGUGUUAAAAUAGUUAUAUACACUCCUUUGGCAUAAUUUUAAUAUUUAUCAACUCAACAUUUUACAAUUUUAUAAAUAAAAUUGUAACAUUUGUUACAUACACAACAAAUUAUAUUUUACUAAAAUUGUAAAAUAUAAUCACAAAUUCUGAUACAUCUUUUUUACAUUGUAAUAAAUAAAAUAUUACAUCAGUGCGUGCAUGUUCGCCACACGUUAAAAAUGCACUGAUCUGUUUACCCAAAAGAGCUGAAGAAGUAUAACCUCAAAAUUAAAUGUUUUCUACGACAUUUAGGUAUUCUUUUUGUAUUACUUUUUUUUUUCUCAAUACAUUUCUUAAUUUUUUUCUAUUGUAUUUCUUAUACUGAAAUAGAACAGAAAUUUUCCUAGCUCAUGAAUAAAUGAAUAUAAUACAUAACUAAGCGACUUUCUUUGAUGAAAAUGUAUUUCUUUGGAAGCCGUGGUAUAAAAAUAAUUAUAGGAUCAAUUUCUCACGCUUUGAUCUUAUUGUUCAAUGUUUUUAUUUUCAGAAUUGUUACAUUUUGGAACUGAGGUAAUCAAUGCGACUUUUAAGCACAGACCGGUGUACUUUUGAAAGUACUAACUGUCCAAGAAAAACUAUUACUACUGACCCAUAAUUUUUCCACAUUCAUAUUUAUUUUGUUCAAUCAAUCUGCCUUGUUGCCCGGUCACUUUCAUAGAGUACCUACGAUACAUUGCUUAAAUCACAAUUUUAUAUAUAUAUUGACUAUAAAUGUAAUUUAUUUUCUAGAGAACUAUAUAUACUAUUGAAUACUUAGAUAUAUUAAUCUGAUUGUAAAAUAAAAAAAAUGUCUUUAUUCGACUUGUAAAAUAGUUUGUAGUGUAGUUAUUAUACCACAAUGGCUUUUUGAGAGUUUUCAUAGUUUCUGUAUGGAGUGUUAUAACAGCAUAAAACUAACUAAUGUAUUUAGCGGUAGUUCGUAAUUAAAGCAGCUUAAAAAAGCGU